AUGCAAAUAGGCGAAAAAAAAAAAAUUAAUCAUUGUAUUGAAAAUGAAUCUUCUCCAGAUUUAUGCUUAUGCUCGUCCUACUACGUUCAAACAAUGUCUGAUGAUCUCGAGAGAAUACUUUCAAUCGAAGAGUCCGCACUCAACAGGAAUAAGGAAAUUGACAGAAUACUUGAUUGCAAUGAGCAGGAUUUCUUCGCAAUCACCGAAAUCAAUCCAUUGACGACUCCUUUUGAUGAUAUUCCGCAAUUGAUUACAAAGAUAUAUCGAAAAAAGUCAUUGUUGAUACAUCCAGAUAAGACAGAUCAUCCUCGUGCUUCAGAUGCAUUUGAUAGACUUAAAAGGGCUCGGAACGUUCUUGGCACGAUAAACAAGGACGAACAGGCAUUCAAGGAAAAGCAAAGGUUGAUGUCAAUUUACGUCACAUUCCAAUCUGAUGAUACACCACUGAGCUUCAAUGAUCCAGCAAAUAUUAGAAUUAGAUCUCAAGUGAAUGAAAUUAUUGAAAACGAACUGGCUCAUUUGGAGUUAGAGAAGUUGGCAAAAGUUAGUGAGGAAACGAGGAAGAACCAAAUGCUGAAGCAAAUGAGAGAGGAAAAGGAAUUGAAAAGAAGGAUGGAAAGUGAGUGGGAACUGACACGAGACUCAAGGGUUCAAAACUGGAGAAAAUAUUCGAAUAAAAUUGAAAAAAAAGGAAAGAAGAGGAAACUGAAAAUGAAGGUUCUAGCUUAG